CCCAGCAUCCCCGACUCCGCCAUUUUCCCCUCUUUAGUCAGACGGCGCUGCCAUCAUCCUGUUUUUCCGCUCGUUCCUCUCCCUCCUCCUCCUCCUCUGGCCUCCCACUCGUCUCGCUGACGCACCGCCACGUUCAGCUCUCAGCCUACCCAGCACUGCUGCUGCUGAGGCUGAGCCUCUCUCCCCGGCAGCUUCUCCAUGUAUGGAUGCGCGCAGGGAAGUGAUGCUGUAGGCCAACCAAAGACGCAGAGAAAACACCGCCUGUCCGCGGGACCGAAGCAGGAAUCGAACCUGACACUGUUUUGAAUGGACAGAGGAUUCAGUGGUUUCUGACUUGCUGAGGUUUCAGGUGUGCAUCUGUAGCUACACGGAUCCCAAGCUCAUCUGCUAAAACAACCAGCUUCGGCAUGGCGGGGGCUUCCGUGAAAGUGGCAGUGAGAGUCCGUCCCUUUAACUCGAGGGAAAUUGGGAAGGAGAGCAAAUGCAUCAUUCAGAUGUCAGGCAACACAACAACAAUUCUGAACCCCAAACAACCCAAAGAAAACAAAAGUUUUAACUUUGACUUUUCCUACUGGUCUCACACCACGCCAGAGGACCUCAACUAUGCCUCACAGAUGCAGGUCUACAAGGACAUUGGAGAGGAGAUGCUGCUCCAUGCUUUUGAGGGCUACAACGUUUGCAUAUUUGCUUAUGGGCAAACCGGAGCUGGCAAAAGCUACACAAUGAUGGGGCGACAGGAGAAGGACCAGGAGGGGAUCAUACCCCUGAUGUGCGAGGAUCUUUUCACAAAAAUCAACGACAGCAAUAAUGACAACAACAUGUCGUACUCUGUGGAGGUGAGCUACAUGGAGAUCUACUGUGAGCGUGUGCGUGACCUUCUCAACCCCAAAAACAAAGGCAACCUGCGAGUCAGAGAGCACCCCCUGCUGGGACCCUAUGUUGAAGAUCUGUCCAAGCUGGCCGUCACCUCCUAUAACGACAUUCAGGACCUGAUGGACUCUGGAAACAAGGCCAGGACUGUAGCUGCAACAAACAUGAAUGAGACCAGCAGCCGCUCUCAUGCUGUCUUUAACAUCAUCUUCACACAGAAGAAAUACGACAUGGAGACAGACAACACCUCUGAGAAGGUCAGUAAGAUUAGCCUGGUGGACUUGGCAGGCAGUGAGAGGGCAGACUCAACCGGAGCUAAAGGAACCAGACUGAAGGAAGGAGCAAACAUCAAUAAAUCCCUGACCACUCUAGGGAAAGUCAUUUCUGCUCUGGCUGAAGUUGACUCUGCUCCAAAUAAGAAUAAGAAAAAGAAGAAGGUGGAGAGUUUUAUUCCCUACAGAGAUUCAGUUCUGACUUGGCUGCUAAGAGAGAAUCUUGGGGGGAACUCCCGUACAGCCAUGGUGGCCGCCCUCAGCCCUGCAGACAUUAACUAUGACGAAACCCUCAGCACUCUCAGGUACGCUGAUCGUGCCAAACAGAUCCGCUGCAACGCUGUGAUCAACGAGGAUCCCAACAACCGCUUGGUGCGUGAGCUGAAAGAGGAAGUGGCUCGUCUUAAAGAUCUGCUGUACGCGCAGGGCCUGGGAGACAUCAUAGAGAACCUGUGCGAUUACAAGAACUUUGUGAAUAAUCGCCAGGCUGUCAAUCAAAGGGGUGAUCUCUCCACAGUGACCAAUGCAAUGACAGGAAUGAGCCCAUCUCCCUCACUUUCGGCCCUGUCCAGCCGUGCUGCCUCCAUCAGCAACCUCCACGAUCGCAUCUACAGCCCAGCCAGCGAGGAGACCAUAGAAAGACUCAAGGAAACAGAGAAAAUUAUUGCUGAGCUCAAUGAGACAUGGGAAGAGAAACUGCGUCGUACAGAGGCAAUACGCAUGGAAAGAGAGGCCCUGCUGGCUGAGAUGGGUGUUGCCAUGAGAGAGGAUGGAGGCACUGUGGGAGUCUUUUCCCCCAAAAAGACUCCUCAUUUGGUCAAUCUGAACGAGGACCCAUUGAUGUCAGAGUGUCUGCUCUAUUACAUCAAAGAUGGCAUCACCAAAGUUGGUCGUGAAAAUGCAAAAACACGUCAAGACAUCGUUCUUAGUGGUCACUUUAUUAGGGAUGAACACUGUACAUUCAGUAGCACCACCGGUCCUCAGGGGGAAGGAUGUGUCAUUCUUGAGCCGUGUGAAGGAGCAGAAACAUACGUCAAUGGAAAGCGAGUCACAUCCCCCACAGUUCUACGAUCUGGGAACCGUAUCAUCAUGGGGAAGAGCCACGUGUUCCGCUUUAAUGACCCAGAGCAGGCCCGUUUGGAGCGCGAGAGGACGCCGUGUGCAGAGACACCGGUGGAGCCUGUCGACUGGGCUUUUGCUCAGAGGGAGCUGCUGGAGAAGCAAGGCAUUGACAUGAAGCAGGAGAUGGAGCAGAGACAAUUUACAUUUUCCAGACUUCAGGAGCUCGAAGAUCAAUACCGGAAAGAAAGAGAAGAAGCCAGUAAUUUGCUGGAGCAGCAGAGGCUGGACUAUGAGAGUAAGCUAGAAGCCCUUCAGAAACAGGUGGACUCGCGUUACCUGGAGUCACCAGAGGAGGAGGAGGAGCCUGAGGAAGAAGUGCCGUGGACGAAGCAUGAGACGGAGCUGGCGCUUUGGGCUUUCAGAAAGUGGCGUUUCUACCAGUUCACUUCCCUCAGAGACCUGCUCUGGGGCAAUGCCAUCUUCCUCAAGGAGGCCAAUGCUAUUAGUGUGGAGUUGAAGAAGAAGGUGCAGUUCCAGUUUGUCUUGCUGACAGACACUCUCUACUCUCCACUGCCGCCGGACCUGCUUCCUCCUAGCGUGGCCAAAGAGCGGGAGAGACGACCUUUUCCUCAGACAAUCGUGGCUGUGGAAGUCCAGGAUCAGAAGAAUGGAGCCACACAUUACUGGACUCUGGAAAAACUCAGGCAGAGGCUAGACCUGAUGAGAGAGAUGUAUGACCGCGCUGCAGAGCUGCCCAGCAGCGCUGUGGAAGAGUGUGAUCCCGCCAUGACAGGAGGUGAUCCCUUCUAUGACCGCUUCCCGUGGUUCCGUCUAGUUGGAAGAGCUUUUGUGUAUCUGAGUAACCUGCUGUACCCAGUUCCCCUGGUGCACCGCGUGGCUAUUGUCAGUGAGAAAGGAGAGGUGAAAGGAUUCCUCAGGGUGGCUGUUCAGGCUAUUUCUGCUGACGAAGAGGCUCCUGAUUAUGGCUCCGGAGUGAGACAGUCGGGCACUGCCAAAAUCUCCUUUGAGGACAAACAGUUUGAGAAAUUCCAGAGUGAGUCGGGUCCUGGAGGCUUGUCGCACUCCAACACGUCCCAAGAAGAGCUAAGGUUUGUGGAAGGAGAAGGACAAAAUUCUGAGAUAGGAAUCUCUGCAGAUGAAGUCAACAACAACACCUGUGUAGCCACCCACGAAGCACCUCCAAGCCCGGUGAAGACCUUGGGUCUGGACUUUCCUCUGGAGUUGUCUCCUGAGAAAGCCUUGUCCCACCUGAAGAUAGGAAGCACUUUCACCUUCAGGGUCACUGUCUUACAAGCGUCCAGCAUCUCAGCGGAAUAUGCUGAUAUCUUCUGCCAGUUCAAUUUCAUCCACCGCCAUGACGAAGCUUUCUCCACUGAGCCUCUGAAGAACACUGGCAGAGGACCUCCUCUUGGGUUCUAUCAUGUACAAAAUAUAACAGUGGAGGUGACCAAAUCCUUCAUGGAGUAUAUAAAGACUCAGCCCAUUGUUUUUGAGGUGUUUGGACACUAUCAGAAGCAGCCUUUCCCUCCGCUCUGCAAAGAUUUGAUCAGCCCCCUGAGACCAUCGAGAAGGCAGUUUCCACGAGUGAUGCCUUUGUCCAAACCAGUGCCAGCCACCAAACUAAACACGAUGACUCGCUCUACAGCGGGACCUUGUCACGCCAAAUAUGAUCUCAUGGUUUUCUUUGAGAUCUGCGAGCUGGAAGCUAACGGAGACUACAUCCCAGCGGUUGUUGAUCACAGGGGCGGGAUGCCGUGUCAUGGGACUUUCCUUCUACACCAGGGCAUUCAGAGGAGGAUCCGAGUCACUAUUGCUCAUGAAACAGGAAAUGAUAUUGAGUGGAAGGAGGUGAAGGAGCUUGUCAUCGGACGCAUUCGAAACACUCCGGAGGCUGACGAGACCAUCAUAGAUCCCAACAUCCUCUCCCUCAACAUCCUGUCUUCUGGAUACUUCUGGCCCAAACAUGAUGACAAUGUGUCCUUGGGAGUUGAUCAUAGAACCUUCUAUCGAUUUGAGUCAGCAUGGGACAGCUCCAUGCACAACUCUCUGCUUCUGAACAGAGUCACUCCAUAUGGAGAGAAGAUCUACAUCACCCUCUCUGCUUAUCUGGAGAUGGAGAACUGCACUCAGCCGACUGUAAUCACCAAAGAUUUCUGCGUGGUGUUUUACUCCCGUGAUGCCAAGCUGCCAGCUUCGCGCUCCAUCAGAAACCUUUUCAGCACUGGCUGUCUUCGCCCCUCAGAGAGUAACCGUGUCACUGGAGUUUAUGAAGUCACUCUUUGCUAUGUAGCCGACAAUGGAAGUCCAGGAAUGCAGCGUCGUCGCAGGCGUGUGCUGGACACCUCGGUGGCUUAUGUGCGAGGAGAGGAGAACCUGGCGGGAUGGAGGCCUCGCAGUGACAGCCUCAUCCUCGACCACCAGUGGGAGCUGGAGAAACUCAGCCUACUGCAGGAGGUGGAAAAGACCAGGCACUACCUGCUGCUGAGGGAGAAGCUGGAGGCAACUCUGCAGGCGGGACAGGAUGCACUUUAUAGGAGCAACGAUUUCAACGACUUUGCAAAGGGGCCCGCUGUCUGUCACAGCCCGAGCAGCAGCCCGGUCCGUGAAAGCCCCAACGAGAGGCAGAGAGAGCUGGCUGCUAAGUGUCUGCGUUUGCUGAUGCACACCUUCAACAGAGAGUACAGCCAGGUGAGCAGCAGUGCCAGUGAGAGCAAGCUCUCUGAGAUGUCGGCAUCGCUCAUGAGAGAGUCAUCCUCGUCUGGACUGAGCACGCUCACUCCCUCCUCCACCUGCCCUUCAUUGAUUGAUGGACAUUAUGACAUGAGACUGACUGAACUUAACUCAGGAGCCUCCACUCCAGACUUGGACCCCUUCAGCCCAGUGGACAGGAAGAAAGCUCUCAGAGGAUGCACCUUUGUUCCCGACAUCCAGGAGAUCCGUGUUAGUCCCAUCGUGUCAAAGAAAGGCUAUCUGCAUUUCCUGGAGCCACACACCAGCGGCUGGGUGAGGCGUUACGUCGUGGUGCGCCGGCCUUACGUGUACCUUUACCGCAGCGAACGAGACAGCGUUGAGAGAGCUGUUAUCAACCUAUCUUCUGCUAAGGUGGAAUACAGCGAAGACAAGCAGACACUUUUACGGACUCCCAACACGUUCGCCGUGUGCACAGAGCAUCGUGGGAUUCUGCUGCAGGCGUCUAAUGACAAGGAGAUGCAUGACUGGCUGUACGCUUUUAACCCUCUCUUAGCCGGCACCAUCAGGUCAAAGCUCUCCAGGAGAAAGUCAGUCCAGUCGGUCCCAGCUGCUCAGAGGAUGUGAGAGGUGAACCAGACUGGUUGGAAAUAAAGAAAAAAAAAACUACCAAUACAAUCUAAAAGCUUGGCUCAGCAUCUUGCUUUGAUGAACAAAAACAAUAUAACAGACUUAUCCUUCUCUGUAGUGACUGCCCCUGUCUCAAAAAUCACUCAGUCAAACACCAGUCUCUUGUCUCAUUUUUGCAGUCCUCUACUUCAGCCUUGCAUGGUGUGUCCCUCCUCUGUCUUUGAGAUGAGUUCAUAAGAAAACUAACUAUCCAAACCUGGUAAUUAUUUUAGUCGUGCAGUGCUUUUCCACUAGUUCAGGUUCAUUAUUUUGGACUUGAAGGAUUCUUUGAGGCUUUAAGUUGCCUGUUAAAGUUCAUAGUAAGUAAUUAUUUUAUCUCAGAUAAUAAUAAUUAAAAAAAAGCAGUAAAAAUGUCUUAACACAAACCAUUAAUGCAGCUGGAGAAGAGAAACACAGUAAACAGGAUGUUUCUUUGAAUUGGGUGCUGGCUUGAAAGCUUCACUUAUAUCUGCUAUCAUUAGAUAUCACAUUACCUCAGUCGGGAUCGGCUCGAUGCUCUACAGCAUGGAGUGUUCUACUCCAAAGGUUGCUCUUCAUUUGAAAAAUAUAGUAGCAUGAAAAGAUGUUUGCUUAGACAGAAGAAUAAACUUUUGUUCUUUUGUCAUUUUUUUCUUAACUCUUGUUUCCUGAAGAAUACGGUUUUUGGCUCAGAAAAGAGAAAGUAAUUCACUUUAAGGAGAGACCUGGAAUGUUUAGCGUUGCUUUUGCUUCUUUUCUUAUUCAUUGUUAUGAUUAAAAAAAAUCUUUUGCAGAUUAUUUGCACUGUUGUUGAGAGUUGUGUUGUAUUGCACUUUAUUGUUUUCAUUGAACACUUGUGAUGUUUUCUCUGUUUUUUUUAACCAAAGCACAGAUUUAUAAUUAAUAUAGUUGUUGAAAUCAUAUUUCAAUUAUGUUUAUUCAGAUUCAUGUUUAUGGCAGUUUGGGUAACUCAUACUGUUUUAUGAUAGUCAGUGUGAAAGCUGUUUUGAUGUUGGAGUGAAAAGGGGAUUAUUUGCAUUCAGCAAACAAGAGGAUACCUAAAGCCUGACUUUUGCAAAACUGAGCAAAUUCACUUGUAAAAUUCAGAAAAUUAUUCAAAAGCCUGUUUGAGAAAUACGUGUCUUGUAAAAAGUUUUUGUCAAUUUUUGGAGGAAUAGCUUUGUGGUUUUAAACUCUUCUCUUUAACCUAUUCCUAUCUAAGUUCUUCUUGCUAUCAUUACACAUAUGAUGCAUUAUGAUUUUUGCGAAUCUACAAUAAUAUUCUUGCAUCCUCAUCAUUAACAAGCGACAUGAGAGAGAAACCAAUCAAAAAUCAAUCAAUUUUUGCCCUUUCCCUUCAGUAGAUAGACAUAGAUAUUGACAUUACAGUUCCAUUUUCUCAUUUUACCUCUUAAGAUAAAACAUCAACAUGCAUGGGUGUCACAUUUUGGGUUCUAUUACCCCAGUAGUUAAUUCUGCUUUACUGGGGCCCAAUGACAACAGGUUAGCUCAAAUGUUAACUCGGGUUUUAAGAGGUUUAAAGAGACCAAUUUAAUACUAAACCAAUCAAGUGCACCUAAACUGAUCUGUGAGAUUUUAUAUACCAUGCUGUUGUACUUUUUUUAAAAUCUUCAACAAGCACUUAUUCUGUGGGUUUGAAGGCCGCAGAUUUGUUUGAAUUAAUAAAUAACCUCUAUGUUGUUGUAGCCUAACAGAAAGGGCAGCGUUGUAAAUGACUCUGGACCUGUUAAGAGUGGUUGCUUUAAGUAGACAUAAGUGUUUUCCAUGCACCAGAUAGUGCCUCCCUACUAUCACCUUUUUUUCUCUUUCAUUAACACCAAAUUUUAGUUCAAACCUCAAAAUGAAUCUGUUUUUGUUGUUUGAGUCCAUAUUCUACAGUAAAUAUUGUCAGCAUUCUUCUAUUGUAUGAUAUAGUCUAUAACAGUACAGUUGCCUUUUAAAGCACCUCUUAGCUUUUGUGCUGUAGCUGCUAGAUGUUUGACAGCCUGGUGUGUUCAAACCCUGUAAAGGAUGAUUAGCUUUGCUGAUGUUUAACUUUCAUGUCCACAUUUGUUUCCUGUUGCUUUCAUCUGUCUGCUUUGUAACUAGGUGGGCCCAUAAUUGUUGGAAAUCAUGGCCUAAGCAGAAUAUCAAAUCAUGGAGGAAUUUUAGGAAAAUACUGAAAAUUGUAGCAGAUCAGGUGGAUAUUAUUAAACACAUCCCAAAGGGAAAUAAUGUCAAAGGGAUGGUCGGACAGCCAAUCUGCCUUUUUUUGUGUUUUUUUUGCAAAUACGACUUAUGGUCAGUAAACAGAAAGGUUAAUCAACUGUGUGUCACAGGCCAGCCAACCUGUUGAGCAAUGCAGUGUUUAAUCUGUCUGAACGCAAAUAACAUCCUCCUGUAUAGUCAAAGGUUUCUAAGAAAUUGCAGCCAAUCAGUUGUUAUUCCUCCAAAUACAAAAGACUGCUCAAUGUUUGCUGGUUCACAAGCAUUUUCAAUGUAAUUGUAUGCACUUACGCACAAAAUAUGUUUAUUUUUUAUCCUGAUGUUAUGACAUUUUUGAAGCAUAUGUGUAAGAAAUGUUUUUUUUUUUCUUGUGUGGUCAAUGCAUCAUCACCACAUCAAUAUCCUUCAGUUUCAGAUAGCUAAGAAAUGCCUCCCAAUUCUAAUUUGAAAGGUGUCAGAAGACAAAACCACUUUGUGAGACAGUUUUAGCGUGUUGGCCAUCACUUGCAGAAAAGGUGCAUCAGUCGACUGUUUUCUAAUUGGCUUGUUCCUAACUGUCAUAGCUGUGGAUUGAAGCAUGCAGAUCCACUUCUACUGAACCCUGUUCCUCUCUCCUGCCUUAUCGCCUGCUAAUGACAGCUUUCCAUUCUUACAAUACUUCUUGUAAAUUAUUUCCAUUUAACAUCCUCGUAAUGAGUAACUGGAAACCUUCCUCUCAGCUCUGUCUUGUAUAUAAAUGGAGAUUUGUGUGGUGGGUCUCAUCCCACAGAUAUUAACCCCCUUUUUGUCCCAGACAGUAUACAAUAAUGAGUAAGAACAACUGUCCUGCUGUUUUGUCGAGUGUCCGCAGAGUGCUGACAAGAUUCCCUUUUGCACAUCUCUGCUCAGUGCUGGUGACUUCUUCAUUUCAGAUGAUCCCACGUCUGUACUCCUGCUCCGAGCUGCUUAGCAGAAGAUGACAGGUCUAAAUCCAGUGACAGUCUUAAGCUCAGUGCUCAUGUCUAUCUUCUAGGUGUUCAGGAUUUUUUUUUUAUGUCUGUGGACACAUAACAAAAAUUGUUGAGGAAAAAUAUGGAAAUGAAUAAAUGAGUGUUGGAUCCUACUCAACAUCUAAA